CCGUACUGUACUUUUUAAAGUGUUGUGACAGUGUGAUGCGGCUGUCAGUACAGCAUCCGAUUCCGGAUUUGCGGCUGUAUUCUGAAACAUCGAAGAAAUGCAUGUGUGUCUCUGAAACCAGGGACUUCGAGCCGACUGGAAGCUCGAUGCGUGAGCAGUCUGAUGUCUUGAAUGCCCCAGUCCAGCAGUCUGGAUUUCAUGAUCUUUUCCAACAAGAAAUUGGGGGUGCAAUCAGAAAUUCCAUUCCAUAUACGCUAUGACAUAAUUCAUCCAAAAUUAAUAGGCUUCUGGUCCGAGAUAUGAUGAAUGCACAUGCAAAAUUUGGAGCAGAUUUACCUCGCUUUUGCGAGAUAUCGCUUGUAUCUAACAGAAAAUACCUAUCAACAUACUUCUGUACUUACCGAUCAAGAUCGAUAAGUUAUAAGGUCUUUUUUGCUAUGCAUUUUUCAAUUAGGCCAAAUCUUGGAAGCUAGAGUAUAGUCAACAGUUGUGGAGCUACAAUUCUGCAAUUUGUCGGCAUCUUUCUAUUACUGGAGCGCUAGUGCCCUCGGCCUUGCACCUGCCAUGGAAUCCAGUCUGGUGAAUUUCUCAAUGUGGCAUUGAAUUGAGUUAUUCUCGUAUAACAGUAUAAAUUACGCAAGUUGAACAUUUGUGGCAAAUGAAUGCUUCGAUGCAGCAUUGGAAUAAAUGAUUCUGCUAAUUUGAUUCUCGUUUUCUUCGAUCUAUUCUUGUAUAAAUCAUAAAGUUGAACAUUUGCGGCAUAGGAAUGCCUCGUUGUGGCAUUGGCUCAAGUUAUUGUUUUUAUAAAUUAAAUCAUCUAAUGCCUCAUCGGGUUAUUAAGUUUACUGUUUUAGUCUAGAUUGUUGGUGUCCAAAUUCAAAUAAAGUAUGAUAUCAUAUAUGUUGUUAUCAAAAUGUGAUUUUCAUGUAUUAUCGUCAACACGCCAUCAUAUAGUGUGCCAUCCUGGAUUACAGGAUUAUCAAAUAGCCUAUGUUUCAAAUUGGGCAUAUUUUUAACCGCCAAUGAAUGUCCACUCAAUGAGUUAGUACAGGGUGGUCCAAACUAUGGCACACACCGACGCAUGCGGCCCGCUGAACAAUUUUAGCGUACACCAAACCAUUGGCAGAUAUUUGUAUUUAUUAGCAAAAUAUUUUUUUAUCUAUUACAACUGGGAUUGGGAUCUUGAGAUUUAAGUCUUUAUCACAAUUCCGAUGUCAGGAAUGAUAUUUGUUAAAAUCACAUAAUUUCAAGGUUGGCAUUACAAAUAUGCAGACAGUACCCAGAAAUUCGAUGACACAUGCAUUUAGGGACUAAAACUAGUUUUAAAUCUUUUUUGACAUCUCUGCCUAUAUUCAGACAUUGCAUAGUUUCGGCAGUGUUCAGUAGGGCACAGUUCUCUGAUUUUUGGCUAGAAAUUCUAAAGAGCUGCGGUAAUUUUUUUCCUUUGGUAAAUCAGAUUAUUUUUUUCUGAGGAAACCCUUGCGCUUCCUUUUAAUUCAUUGUGCAGUGCGAGUUUUGAAUUAUUGUCGAUUAUGGAGGCCCAAAUUGUCUCGUAAUAGAGGGGUUUGCACUUACUGUUUUAAUUGAUGUUCUUCAAUAUGCAGAUAUGGGAGCUAUUCUCAGAAUCAGAGAACUGUGUCAUACUGAAAGUAGAUUUGUCAAUGCUCCUAUUUGGAGCAUGACUUUCUGCAUUGUUAUUCGCCCUAGCCCUCGAGCUCUUUGUUAUACCUAAACCAGUAUGGUAUACAGUAACCAGUAACUGAGUUAAUCUUUCAUUGGGUUUCAGUGAAGAAAAUCUUAAGUUUAUUUGGAAUAUAACCAGUUAGGCGUCUUCUUAUAACCAUGUCUUCUCAGCAAGUGCCAUCACAGCCGACAGGUAAAAAAGGAAAAAAGAAGAAAGGAACAACAAUUUCUUUGAUAGAUUUUCUUGGAGAUUCUGCACCUGCACCAGUUAGUAAAAAUCUUGAUUGGGCUGAUGAAGCUGAUGAUUUUGAUGGAGCAGAUCUCAACUAUCAGAGCUCAUACAACAAUAAAAAAAUAUUAUCCAGUCUUCCCACUGGCCCCAGAGCUUCAAGAACUAUUGAGGUUGAUAUGAGUAAGCUUCCUAACGAACCACCAUAUACUGCAUUUGUUGGAAACUUGCCAUAUGAAGCUGAUGAAGAAAUGUUAGCUGAGUUUUUCCAAGAUUUGAAGCUCAUCUCAGUUCGUCUUCCCGAAGAAAAUGGUCGUUUCAAGGGCUAUGGAUAUGUUGAGUUUGAAGAUAGGCAUUCUCUUGCUCAGGCUUUGCAACAUAAUGAAGAAACUUUUAACAAACGACAAAUAAGAGUGGAUGUUGCUGGAUCAAAAAAUCAAGAUGGUCGACGUGGCAAUAAUAGAUAUGGUAACCAAAGCUUUGGAAUGGGAGGUGGUUUUGAGGGACCAGAUGUAACUGAGGGAGAGUGGAGAAGAAAACCAAAUGAAGAUUUCAGACCACCGCAGUCUAACAGGGGUUACGACGAGAGUGCCUAUCGCUCAGUCCGAGAAGACCGCCGAUAUGGCGAAAGAGACUCUUAUGGUCGUCGUGAUUAUGGCAGAUAUGACAGUGGACACGGUCAACGCUCUUAUAGAGGUAAUUAUCAAAGAACAGAUUCUUACGGUCGAGAUGAUCAAAACAGAGGAGGUGAUUAUCAAGAUCGUGGAUAUGGUGGUGAUCGAAGAUAUGAGGGAAAUCGGGAGUAUAGUGGAUAUAGCAAAGAUAGGGGAUAUGACAGAAGCUAUGGUGGUGAUCGUGGAUAUGGAAGCGACCAUGGUUAUGAUAAAGAUCGUGGCUAUGGUGGGGACAGACGUUAUGGGAGAGACAGGGAUUACGGUGGUGGAAUGUAUGGUGGAGAAAAAGACUCGGGAUAUUAUACUAGAAGUGGAGGAUAUAGAAAUGAAUAUAACAACAGGGAUGGCGAUUAUGGUAGAGAUAGAUAUCAGGAUGAACGUCGAGAUGAUUAUGGCAGAGGUGAAGAGGGUUCAAAAUGGAGAAAUGAAAGUUUGCAAGGUCCAGAACGUCAAAGAUCAAAUGAAGGUAGAGAUGAGCCACCAUCCAGACCACAGCUAAAACUUCAACCUCGAAGUAUUCCACUGGAAGAAAAGACCGAAACUACUCGGUCAUCUUCUAUAUUUGGAUCAGCAAAACCAGUUGACACAGCAACACGAGAAAAACAGAUUGAAGAAAAAAUGAAAAAAGAUGAAGAGAAUGUUUUCCUAGUUAAAGAUGAACGUAACGCUUAUAAACGAGCACCUAGAAGAUCUAGUGAAAGAUCAGAUGACAGUCAUCCAACAUCUCCAAGAAGAAUUCCUCAACGAAUUUUAUCAGAUAAAGAUUAUGAAGAUUCUCAUAGAAGGCGAAGUACAUCUCCUGGUCACCAACAAGAUGGAACUGUAAGCAAAGACAAAGAGUCGCAACGAGAUUAUAGACCAGCACCCCCUCCUAAGCAAUCAGCAUGGGGAAAACGUUCCGCAUCUGAUAAAGAUGACAGAGGAUCACCUGGGAAACCAUCGUCAUCAGAGGAUAAUGCUGACAGUAAAAAAAAAACAGUUGUUCCUGCUCCUCCACCUCCAACAAAUCAAUGGAGCAGAGGUCCUCCGAAGAUUGAUAGUCGGGGAGAACGAGAAGAAGCUGAAGGAAAUGCUAGAGAAGAUGAUCUGGCUGAGAGAAUACUUGAAGGAUCAGAUGAUGUAUCUCGUAACAGUAACGGAAGUGCUGGUGAUGGUAGUGAUCAACAAACAGACUCAAAUGGACCACGACAGAAUGAAAGGCCCCGACAACAUUGGGAUGGUCGUCGAGAUGAUCGGGCUGGUCGAGAUCCACCACAGCGUCAUACUUAUGAAAACGAAUCAGACUUCCGCCGAAGAGGAGAUGGUGGCAGUGGUCGUUCGAAACAAAGUCAUGGAAGAAAUCAGGAUAACUAUAAGCAAUCUGAUUAUAGAAAAAAUGAAGAAAGUAGUUCAAGGAAUGAAUCUGCGAAAACUUCAAGCAGCCAAGAAAAAAAAAGAGAUUCAAGUAGAGAUUCGAGGCCAGAAUGCGAUAGAUCUGCAGCUGCUGGACAAGAGCAUGAUUUUCACAAAGGGACGAAUCGAUCUGGGAGGCGACCACCAAGAGGACCUAUUGAACUUGAACCUGAACCAGCAGUUGAAUUUGUUCAAAAAAGUAAGUUUGCUGCACUGGCACUGGAAGACGAUGAGGAUGAUGAUUGUGUGUCAAAUGGAAAUGAAAUUUCAACUGCAGAAACAGAGUAAUUACGGAGCAAAUUUUGCGAUAAAUGGUGGACUGAAAUAUGUAUAAGUCAUAAGUAUAUACAUGUGUUCCUUCAACUAGAUAAAAUCGGUGUAAAUCAACUAACUAUGUGCAGGAAUUAAAUUGGUAAACAUGUCUGACGAUGUUACAAUUAUAGCCUUUUUUGAUACAACACCCAGACGUCUGUUCAGAAAGAAAAAUACAUCUAUUAUCACAAACAACAGAAAUGUCUGAUAUUUUGGUUGAUAUAUUAGAGAAAAAGGAUUCUUUUGUUUAAAAAAAAUUAAACUUAACUUGGUUAAUGAUUGGUCUUUUAUUUUACAUUGUACAGUUUUCUUGGUUAUGGCUUAGGACUAGCAAGAAUCCUAAUAUAUUUCAAGUAGGCUAAUCUUUUCAUGGAAUAGGUGGAUAUUUAAUUGGUAAUAUCAAAAAUCAAUGAAUAUGCAAAUUGAUACUUCAAUUUAUAAAACAUGCCCUUUCGUGGUUGCCCAAGUUCCCUCAAUUCGUGAUUUCAUCCACUUUACAUAUUGGAAUCAUUCGGCUACCCUAGUUAUCAUAAAUUACAUUUUUUGGGAUAUUGUAGAAUCCCGAGCUUCGGUGAGAUUUGUUGUUUUGUGGUGUUUAUUUUACUGCAAUCAGAAAAAUAUCGUGGAGUGUUUGUUUUUAUUGACACAUUUCGAAAUUAAAGACUCCUGGUUCCAAAUUCAAAUUUUGUUUGGAGUUUGAAUAAAAAUAAGUUUGCAGAGCA